AGAAAAUAAAUCUAGGGUUUCUCCGUCUCUCUCUCCUCUCACUCUCAUUUUCAGGGUUCAAAAAUUGGGAAAAUCGAAUGCGAAGAUCCAAAAUCAAAUCAACAAUAUGAACAAAGAAAACGUUCCACCAAACCCUAAUUUCAUCAAUUCUCACUCAAUUGAACUCACUGAAGAACAAAGAAAUCGAAUCACACAGAAUUUCAGAGCUGCAAAAGCUCUUCUCAGUCGCAAACGCCCCUUCAAUCACUCAUCCUCCUCCCCAUCAUCUUCAUCAACAGUUUCUAAGGUUAAUCAUCAUGAAAUUACAAGAAAUGAAAAUGAAAGGGGGAAUGUUUGUAGAUAUCCACUUAGAGAAAUACACCAGCAGCAACAAUUUAAUACUCCGAUGCCGAUUGCUAGGAAGAAAAUGUGUAUUAAAUCGUGUCCUGAACGAAUUAAGGAUGUAGAAAAUCGUGUGAAUUAUGGUGGGGCGGUGAAAUUAGAAGGUCCUGUAGGGAUUGAGUUAGUUACUCCGGUGAAGAAAUUUGAGUGUAGGAAUAAUUUCAGUGAUGUUUUUGGUUUGGGUUGUGAUAUUGGUGAGGAAUUUGAUGAGGGGAUUUUGAAAGAAAUUGAUGCUAUAUGUGAGCAAAGGUCCGCCGUAAAAGGGGAGAAGUUGGGCGUGAAUGGUGAGUCCUCUGGUAAAUUUGAGAAGAAUGUAGAAACUGAGUUAGAGACUAUGGAUGUUGAAUUGGGGGUUGAUGAGGUGGUUUUGAAAGAAAUCGAUGCUUUGUGUGAGUCUGCGGGGAAGACUGGAAGGUUGGGUGUGAAUGUUGAUUCAUUGGUUGAAUCAGAUGAGUUUCUAGAUACUAAGUUAGAGAGUAUGGAAGAUAAGGUUGAAAGAAGGGUUGCAAGUGGGAAUACUUCUCGGGAUAAUAACAUUGAGAACUUGCUGAGAGUUGAUAAUGUUGAUACUCCUCAGGCUAAGAACAUUGCAAAUUUGUCAAAUGUCGAAAGUUUUAGUGCUUCUCAGUCGAAGAACUUUGAAGACUUGGUGAAAGUUGAAAGUAUUAGUACUCAAUUUUUUUUUGAUGAUCUAGUUUUGAAAGAAAUUGAUGUUAUAUGUGAGCAAAGGUCCGCGGUAAAGACGGAAAGGUUGGGUGUGAAUGAAGAAUCUUUGGUUGAAUCUGAUGAGGCUAUAGAACCCAAGUUAGAGAGUGUGGAUACUUCUGUGGCUAAGGACAUUGAAAACUUGCCAAAAGUUGAAAGUGUAAGUACAAUUAUGGCUAAGGACAUUGAAAACUUGCCGAAAGUUGAACGUGUUAGUACAACUCCGGCCAGGAACAUUGAAAACUUGCUGAAAGUUGAAAGUGUUAGUACAAUUACGGCUAAGGACAGUGAAAACUUGCUGAAAGUUGAAAGUGUUAGUACAACUCUGGCCAAGAACAUUGAAAACUUGCCGAAAGUUGAAAAUCUUGUUAGCACUUCUCAGGCUAAGAACAUUGAGAACUUGCCGAUAGCAUCUAUGGAGUAUAUACAAUCGUUGAAUGACCAGCAGAAAGAGGCAGCUUGUAGUAAUAUAUCGACCCCUUUAAUGAUAAUUGCAGGUCCUGGCAGUGGGAAGACUUCGACGAUGGUUGGGCGUGUACUGAUGUUACUGAGUAAGGGCAUUGAGCCUUCCAACAUCCUGGCCAUGACUUUCACGACAGCAGCUGCAUCUGAAAUGAGGGAUAGGAUUGGAGCAGUGGCAGGGAAAUCAUCUGCGAAAGAACUUAUGAUCAGCACUUUCCACUCGUUCUGUUUACAGCUUUGUCGUUCACAUGCAGAGAAGUUAGGACGCACACCCGAGUUUCUUAUAUAUGGUCAGGGGCAACAGAGACGAGCUAUCAUUGAAGCUGUGCGGUUGUCGGAAACUGGAGGAAAUGAUGGGCAAAAUCUCGAUGCAUCCAAACUUGAUCAGAACUCCAGUGAUAUGACGUCUGCACAUAAUUUCAAGGAUAAGUCAAAAAAGUGGCAGAAGUUUGUUACUCAGGCUAAAGCUUCUGGAAAGAUUCCUACAGACUGCCAAAAAAUGGGUGAUGAGAUUGGAGCUACAAUUCUCGGGAACUAUGACAAAAUUCUAGUAUCCUGCAAUGCUCUGGAUUAUCAUGAUUUAAUUAGCUGCUCAGUGAAGCUCCUCACUGAUUUUCCUGAAGUAUACAAGGAGUGCCAGGACAUGUGGAAGGCCAUUGUAAUAGAUGAGUUUCAAGAUACUAGUUCAAUGCAAUAUAAUUUCUUGCGUAUCCUUGCGUCUCAUAAUCACAUAACUAUUGUUGGAGAUGAAGAUCAGUCCAUUUUCAGCUUCAAUGGUGCUAACAUUUCUGGGUUUCGUUCAUUUCGCACAGAUUUUCCUAAUCAUAAAGAGAUUAGAUUAACCAAAAACUACCGCUCAACACGCUGUAUUGUUGAAGCUGCAUCAUCUCUUAUCCGUAACAAUUCAAAAAGAUGUCCCCUGAAACAAGUUGUUUCUGAUAACUCCUGCGGAUCAAAGAUAACUGUUAAGGAAUGCUACAAGGAGGAUGCACAGUGUGGUUUUGUCGUUGAUAAAAUAUUGGAGAUCAAGUCUAGCUUUUCGGAUGCUAAGACUUCCUUUGGCAGUGUAGCAGUUCUUUAUCGGAGGCAGAUCUCUGGGAAAGCAUUCCAAGCAGCUUUCCGUGACAGGAAAAUACCCUUCAAUGUACAUGGUGUGGCCUUUUACAGGAAAAAGGCCGUUAAAGCCAUUCUCGCAAUGCUUAGAACAUCAUUAGCUGGUUGUGAUGAUGGCUCAUUUCGUCAAGUAUUCAAGGCCUUUUUAUCUUGUGAAAAAGAAGAGAAGAAAAGGGUGGUUGACUAUAUUGACAAAAUUUCCACUACUAGGAAAAUCAGCUUUAUUUCAGCUGCCUCUGACAUCUUUGCUGCAAAGAUCUCUGGUACCUUUAAGAGAAGUCAACUUUCCCAAGGACGCAAAGUGCUAUCAACGCUUGACAUGAUAUCAAAACUUGUUAAUAGGGAACAAUCAAUUUCAACUGUUAUAACUUCAGUGGCGAACAUGUUACCUCAGAAAUAUCUUCUUGAGCAACGGGCAGUUGCUGAUGUUGAUGGCGGGAAGUUGCUGAAUGAAGAUAAUGAUAUUAGAUCUGUCCUACAGUACCUGUUGGAUGAUGUCUCUGAUUUCUUAUUAGCACAUUCCAGUAAUAGCGAGUUAGAGAUUUGUAAUAAAAAUGAAGAGAAAGGCUGUGCUAAUGUACUCAAGGCGUUCCUUGAUAAUAUAUCCACAAGGGAGAGUGAAAAUUUCCGUGUUAGGAAGCGUGAUAAUGGGGAUUCUGUUACUUUAACUACUAUCCAUCAGUCGAAAGGGUUAGAGUGGGAUACUGUUUUCAUCAUUAAGGCAAAUGAAUCAGAGAUACCUUUAUUACAUGAAUCUAAUGGUGCUGUAAAGGAAAAUUGUGCAUCUCUCGAGGAGGAGCGACGACUGCUAUAUGUGGCGAUGACUCGUGCUCGUAAGAAACUCUAUAUUUUGUAUGUUACCAUGGACUCGAAUUGGCAGUUGCUUCAACCAUCACGUUUUCUACAAGAAAUUCCACGCCAUCUUCUCGAUGUUCAGGCUGAAUUGACUAGAAAUGAAAUGUCAAACAUGACCAAGGAUCCCCCAGGAGGAACUGAUCAGUGUGCUGAUGUUGCACUCAAGGGUCAACAGUUUCGUGAAGUAGCUUUUGUUGAAAUUGGUUGUCCCGAUAUUCCAGGAGCCAAUGUUGUGCCUGAUGAGUCAUUAGAGUUAGCAGAAGCAUACAACAAUGGAAAUAGUUUUUUAAAAAGGUUCAUUGUUGAGGAUAGGUCUACUGUAUCCCAUGUAUUCCAUCAAUGGGCCAAGAAGAAAGCAUUUGAAGACCCUAAGCGGUUGCUUGAUAAGAUUGGCUUUGUUAUUGAUGAACGGUUGAGAGCCAAAACUACGAAAAACAAGGAUGUUUUGCGCAAAUUGAAAUCUUGCUUGAAGGAUGAUGAAGCCCUCGGUUAUGCAGAAUAUGUUUUGAUGUGGGAGAAAAUUCCUGCUGAUAAGCGUGCUCAUCUAAUGAGAGAAAAGCAGGAACAUUUCCUGAAACUGAGAAUGGAAAAUGCUAUGGGUUCAUCUGAAGCUACACCAAAACAGAUCUCUUAUCUACAAAGUCUAGGAUGUACAGUUGUACCUACAUCACGUCUCCAUGCUUCUCGUUUGAUUGAGCAGUACAAAUCACUAUGACGAGGGAUGGCGGUUCUGGCGAUGGUGUAUUCAUCUGUACUAUAAUUCUUACAACGGCAAGUUAUUUUAAAACGGCAAAGUUAUAUGCUUCAAAAGUUUUUAUUGUAUUCCUUGUAACAAUUUUGUAGUUUCCGACAGGGGAAGCAUAUGUACCAGUUCUUAAGUUUGUAACAGCUUUGUAUUUUCCAACAGUGAAAGUUGUGGAAGAUGUUCAUGAAUGCAUGAAUACUUGCAUCAGUUAUAAAGCUCGAAGUUACAGUGUGAGUGAUUCUCAUUAAUGUCCACCGAUUUCUAUGAAAUUAAAUAUUGGAUGUGGCUAUCUGAAGCAGUGUACAACUUGUGAUGAUUUUUCAUACUGUUGAGACAUGCACCUGACAUGAGUCAUUCGUUCAUACCUGGUUUUCCUGGUAGCCUAUAAUAUGAAGGAUGGUUUUUUCAAUUA